AAAUCAAUGCGUUUUGACAGCAGAAUUUUACUUUGCAAUCCGUGGCCUGUUACAGAAUAAGACAAUGGAUGAUGUCCCUGAAAACCUAGACAUUGUUCCAAACAGACAAACUCUUUUAGGGGAGAAUCGCAAUGGAUCAGAAAUAAAUGAAAGAGGAAACAUGUCGUUAUUGAACAUAUCUUCAAAACCAAAACCAUUAAAAUGGCGCAACUGUUACACUUGCCAUGAUGAAUGUGUAUUUAAAGCUAUUGAAAUUGUGUUUUUAAUCGGAGUUGUUGCUAAUAUAUGUGUGAUAAUUUUAGUCCUGAAAGACAAAAAGCUUCGCACGCCAACGUUUAUUUCUAUUGGAUGCCUUGCUUGCUGUGACGCUAUAUUUAUUUCCGUAAAUUUGAUUAGUUCUAUGGAAGUAGUUAUUCGUUCUCUGAGCUGUUCGUACCCCUUGACUUACACGGGAAAGGCAACCUCUACUAUUACUGGAAUCUGUUGGUUUGCUGCUAACGCUCACGUGAGUGUCAUUGCGCUAGUGCGCUACGUUUUGAUGCUCCACCCUUUAAAAUCACAGCUGUAUCUUAGCAACAGGAAAAUCAUGGUGUCGUCUGCAAGUAUUUGGGUGAUUGGAAUAUCUAUAUGGAUGCUAAUUUACGGCCUAGCAGAAUACAACAUCGUGUCACCAUCGAAAUCUGUCACCUACGUUAACAUUAUAUGGGGUAUAGUUUACUUUACACCGUUAAUGAUCACGGUCUCCCUUCAUUUUAAAAAAUGGUACUUUAUCCGGGUGGCUGCCCGAAAAAACUUAUCCGGAAAUGGAAGCAUCCAAAAAAUUGCAACGCGCAUGAGCAGAGUUAUACUCCUGAUUAUAAUUUUAGCAACAGUGUUACCUUUACCAAGAUUUGUGAUCACUUGUCUGAGGAAAGACGAAAGUUCAUUUCGCUCAGAAAUUAGAAAUUUGUUCAUAAGGGAUAUUUCCUUUCUUUUGUUUCUGUUGAAUCACGCAAUUAACCCAUUCUUGUAUGCUUUUAUGUCAACGCCGUUUAGGAAGAGUUUCAAAAAUGUUUUCUUCAAACCAACAAUGCAGACAUUUAGGCUAUCGAACGUGCAAGAAAGUUCACUAAGUACUUGACGACUAGAUAUUUUCUUUUGCAAUGUGAUAUGAAACAUUAAUAUUUUAGUGUAUUUUCAAACAACAUUAUACAUACUUAUGUGUUGCGCGUAAAUAUAUAUUUGUUUUGUACUAGUCCUGAUUAAUUCAAACUAUAUAUUAUGAUUUCUUUUAUUACCUUCU